AUGAAUAAUGCUAAUUCUAAUGUCGUUAACCAUACCGCUGUUUCUACUGUUACUUCCAACACCAACCAUUCAAAUUCAGGCAAUACCAGAGGCUCAAACAAUGGAAAUCGUAAUCACUCUAACAAUAGAAAGAACAACAACAAUGCCUCUAGAAAACACGAAAAGGAAAUCAUUUCCAAGCUCUCUUCAGUUCCAUUUGAAAGCUUGAAGUCACAGAUUAUUGAUCUAAGUACUGAUCAAUUUGGAUGCAGAUUUCUUCAAAAGAAGUUGGAAGAUGAGGGCCAAGCUAUUGGAUUGAUUAUCUUUGAAGAAACUAAAGACAAAAUUAUUGAUUUAAUGAUGGAUCCAUUUGGAAACUAUCUUGUUCAAAAGUUGUUGACACAUUUGAAUUUGUUGACACAUUUGAAUGACAAACAAUUGGGUGCUAUUGUCGAUAAAUGUAUUGGCAGAUUUCCAGCUAUUGCAUUGAAUCAACAUGGUACUAGAGCAUUGCAAGAGAUUAUUCAAUUGGUUAAAGUUGAUUCGCAAGCUAAAAUUAUUGUUGAGAAUUUACGUGGUACAGUUGUUUCAUUGAUUCGUGAUUUGAAUGGAAACCAUGUUAUUGCAAAGAUAUUAGCCUGUUUUAACCAUGAAAACAUUCAAUUUAUUAUUGAUGAAAUCUCAGUGGAAACUGUUUCAAUUGCUAGUCACAAGCAUGGAUGUUGUGUAUUCCAAAAGAGCAUGGACAAUGCUAAUGACACGCAACUAUUCCAAUUGGGAUCGAAGAUUGCUGAGCAUUCUAUGAUUUUGAUGAAAAACCAAUUUGGUAACUAUGUUGUUCAACAUUUAAUUGAAAAGGAUUUGCCAGUUUUGAAUAAUAUUAUUGCUGAGAAAUUGGCUGGAUCGUUGCCUGAUUUGUCUAUUCAAAAGUAUGCAUCAAAUGUUGUUGAAAAGUGUCUCAAGUAUUGUUCUAAUUUAGAAUUGGUCAACAAGUUAGUGAUUGAGAUUAUUUUGUGCAGUAAUCUUAUGGAUAUUAUCAAGGACUCGUAUGGAAACUACGUUGUUCAAACAGCACUUGAGGUUGUCAAUGGUGACUGCAAGAACAAGGUGAUUGAGAUUCUUAAACCCAAGUUGCCAUACAUCAGAGCCACACCAUAUUCCAAGAAGAUUGAGCAAUCAAUUGAUCGUUCAAUGGGAACUAUUUAUUGA